AUGUAUCUCCCAAACUUGCGCUCGGCAUCUUCCAACGUGGCUGCCAUCCGCCGUCACAUACCUCCCCUGCCGCUCAAAGACUCUCAGUUCUCUCUCGAUACAUCCGGGGUUGCAGGAUUCUUUGGCGGCCCCGAGGCCGUCUCGGCCAUGGCAACUGUGCAUGUGUAUGAGGGGCGGAGGUGGUUGGGCUGGUAUAAUUCUCCUGGAGCCUACGAGAUCUCCAAGGCAUACGGCCAGCUCGCCAAUUCCAGGUUCUGGGACGGGCUGUACCCAGGUCCAAACACAGACCCCGCUACGCUGUUCGGGCUGGAUGGCAAAAAAGGCCCACGAUUCCGGUCGUUCCAAUCGGGAACCGUGAUUCCCAACUCUGGUCACCUUGGGGCACUGUUGAUGCAGGAAUGCGAGGACACAAAGGGGAUCAAAUUUCCAGGGCGACAGGGCUUUGGGGUGUUCGUUACGGUCGUGGAACUAGAGCAAGCGCCAAGUAGCGUGAUGCGCCCGCGCCUACUUCGGACGCACUCUGUCCUCUUGGCCAGCAUACCUAUUAUCGCCAGCGCUGCCACGUGUGUCCUAAGUGGGCUGUUCCAAGACUGGUACGCCUUCUCCCUGAUCCUGUUCGGUGUCAUCGCGAGCGGCAUAGCAUGCUGGGUCGUUGGGUCGGGGGAGCUAGCCUUCACUCAUCCGAAACCUGCGCCAGGCAUUCCGCCGGGGGACGGGAUGCUUGUCGGCGAAUCGGGGAUCGUCAUCCUGAAAGGCGAUGAGAAUGCGGUUAAUUCGAUCACGAGAGGACGGUUCUCCUUACGUUUCAAGAGCGAACCCGCAUACAACAAUAUCGGAUUGGCAUCCAUGUUGUUGACCAUUCAAUUUGUCGCGCAGCUGCUCCUUGUACCCCAAGCCACGCUCUUCGGCCAGAUUCUAUUUGUGAUAUCCAUGGCUGUUUCCUGGGGAUAUAAUUCCUGGCUAUCGUCGCUCGACAAGGACAAAAUCCAGAGAGAAAUUCUGAUGCAACACGUCUUGAGCAACCCUCCCAAAAAGCGAUUUGACGUCGGCACUCGAACGACCAUGGCUGUCCUCGCUUGCUUGCUGCUGCAGCCAAACAACCCCAAAAGGGUCUUGGAGGAUUUAAUUCCCAACGACACAGAGGUGUGGAAUAGGUUCAAGCGAGGUGUUUCGGAAAUGAUGGAGAAGGGAGAGCGAAUCGCGCUGCCCUCCAACGACUUGGAUGGCUUGGAUGAUCACGAACAGAAUUUGUUGAACACGUUCUAUGACGAUGCACAGGUGGCCGUAGAGGGGUUUUCGCUUCAUUUCAAAUCGACUUAA